UGAAGGCCGUGAAGUUUGAACACGACAAAAGUGAAUGAAGUAAUCAACUAAGUCAGCAUGAUUUGCUAGGUGCUUCGUUUCUCUUCGGUCUAAACCACCACCAAUACUAUAUUAGGAGAAUUGUUGAAAGUCAACUGCGGAGAGAAGAAAACAUGCACAACUCGAUGUUCCUGUCGUUUUCCAUCUGUGAAAUUGUGGCUUGUGAACAAGGGCAAGGAUGAAAUAAAACCAAUAGGGUCUUUCAAUAUGGUUUCAAUAUGGUGGUUGAGGGAGUUUCUUUUCUUAUUGAGAGGGGUUGACUUCACUAGGAGUUGAAGACAAUGGGUGAAUAUUAAAGGAAAUGAUGGAAAAUGAUAGAACGUGAUUGUGGUUCCAGAACUGCUACUUUAAAAAUCAAAGUUUGAGAGAGAGAGAGAGAGGGAGAAAGAGAAGUUGGCAACAGGCAGAAAGUUCAACACCCCAAAGAGCUGUUUUCAAAUAAAUUUUGUCAUUUUUUUCCCAUCAAGUCAACUUACCAAGAAAGGUUGUGUCUUUGGAUGGCGUUCUGGGAUUUGAUGUAUAUGAAUUGAAAGGGUGAUGAUAUUGGUGUAGUGGGUUUUCAACUGGUUUGGUGAAAUGAAGGGUGUUCUUUCCAUCAGCUUUUUGUUUUGUUGCUUGUUGCUGCUUUUGGAUUCUUCAAUAUCGCUUCCUCUAUGUGUUGAUUCGAGAGCACCCAUUACCCUGAACAAGACACUUGGAUUUUGUCCUUACAAUGGAAGCACGUGUUGCAACUCCACAGAAGAUGCACAGAUAGAGAAGCAAUUCCGAAUUAGCAACGUAUCUGAUUCUAGCUGUGCCUCGGUUUUGAAAUCAAUACUUUGUGCGAGGUGUGAUCCAUAUUCAGCGGAGCUAUUUACAGUUCAAUCCUCACCUAGAUCAGUUCCUGUGCUUUGCAAUUCCACCAUAGCAGCAAAUUCUUCUCAGUCAAAGACUGAAGUGGAAGAUUUUUGCUCUCAAGUAUGGGACACAUGCAAGGAUGUAUCCAUAGUGAAUUCCCCAUUUGCCCCUUCAUUACAAGGCCAAGCAGGAGCACCAGUUCACACCAAUGCUUCCAAACUCACUGAUUUAUGGCAGUCCAAAACUGACUUUUGCACUGCAUUUGGUGGAUCAUCUGAUAACUCAUCAGUGUGCUUUGAAGGUGAACCUGUUUCGCUGAACAAAACUGAGACCUCUAUUAGCCCCCCUCGUGGUUUGUGCCUUGAGAGAAUUGGUAAUGGAUCUUAUCUCAACAUGGUGGCUCAUCCUGAUGGUUCUAACCGCGCAUUCUUCUCAAACCAAAUGGGAAAGGUUUGGCUUGCAAAACUUCCGGAAGAGGGGUCAGGAGGAAAAUUGGAGCUUGAUGAAUCAAGUCCUUUUGUUGAUCUAACUGACCAAGUUUACUUUGAUACUCAAUUUGGAAUGAUGGGCAUGGCAUUUCAUCCGGAUUUUGUGAAAAAUGGACGAUUCUUUGCUUCAUUUAACUGUGAUAAGUCUACGUGGUCAGGGUGUACAGGAAGAUGUUCUUGUAAUUCAGAUGUUAAUUGUGAUCCAUCAAAGUUAGGUACUGAUCAUGGUGCCCAACCAUGCCAAUAUCAAACUGUUAUUGCAGAGUAUUCUGCUAAUAGCACUGCAUCUCAGCCUUCCUCGGUGGAAAGUGCUAAACCAACUGAGGUAAGAAGAAUAUUUACCAUGGGGCUCCCAUUUACAUCUCAACAUGGAGGUCAAAUACUCUUUGGACCUGAUGAUGGGUAUUUAUACUUCAUGAUGGGAUAUGGAGGAGGUUCAGGUGAUCCUUACAAUUUUGCACAAAACAAGAAAUCCUUGCUUGGAAAGAUUAUGAGGCUUGACAUAGACAACAUUCCAAGUGCAGCAGAAAUUAGCAAACAAGGCCUUUGGGGUAACUACUCCAUUCCAAAGGACAAUCCUUUUAGUGAAGAUAAAGAUCUGCAGCCUGAAAUAUGGGCCUUGGGACUGAGGAAUCCUUGGCGCUGCAGUUUUGAUGCAGAAAGACCUUCCUAUUUUUUGUGUGCAGAUGUUGGACAGGAUCUUUACGAGGAGGUGGAUCUCAUCACAAAGGGUGGAAACUAUGGCUGGCGUGUUUACGAGGGCCCCUAUCUGUUCAACCCCACACAAUCACCCGGAGGAAAUACUUCCUUAGAUUCCAUAAAUCCAAUUUUCCCAAUAACGGGGUACAACCAUUCAGAAGUAAACAAGAAUGAAGGAUCAGCAUCCAUCACUGGAGGAUAUGUCUAUCGAUCCACCACUGAUCCUUGCAUGUAUGGAAGAUACUUGUAUGGAGAUCUAUACGCGGGUGCAAUAUGGACAUCCACAGAGAACCCACAAAACAGUGGAAAUUUCAGCACAAGCAAAAUUCCCUUCAGUUGUGCACGUGAUUCUCCUAUACAGUGUGACUCUGCACCUGGAAACACCCUUAAGCUUCCUGCAUUAGGCUACAUCUUCUCAUUUGGUGAAGACAACAAGAAAGACGUUUAUGUGCUUGCAAGCAGUGGCGUUUACCGAGUUGUUCGUCCAAGUCGAUGCAGUUAUGCUUGCUCUCAAGAAAAGGCAACAACUUCUACAACCCCACCUCCUUCUCCUUCUCCUUCUCAUGCUAGUGUCCUUUCUGGGUAUCUGGUUUUGCAGUUCUCGUCUUUGUUGCUGCUUUUGUUGGGUUUUGUAGAGUGGUUAUGAUCUUUGUACAUUAUGUAGAGAUGGCAAGAGGGUGUUUGUUUGCCCUUACUUAUUAUGCCUUUUCUACGUUUUGUGUUCCUUCCCUAAUUAUGGUUAACUAAUAAAUGAGAAUUGAGAAGUGAGUUGAGAGUUGA